AUGGCCUUGCUUUACUUGCUCGUCUUGAUCAGCUUAGUUUCUGGUUUGCAGCGAAAUAUCAAGAUAGCUAAUGGGCUCCUUCGUGAAAUUGACAACUAUCGCUUUAUGGCUUCACUUCAAAAGCCGACCACACCAGGCGGUCGCACUUUUGCGCAUUACUGCGGCGGGACGAUCCUCGGCCAUAGCUGGAUAUUGACUGCUUCUCAUUGCGUUACGAAAUCGGAGAACAGGAGCGAAAUAAGAAACCUGAAAGGAGAGAUGGUGGUGGUCGGUACAGCCAGACUUGGUCCGACCGGAUCUCCGGAACCAGGCGCGCAAAAAGCCUGGAUCAAAACUGCAUAUGCCAGUCCGCACUACACACGUCCGGAUCGCAGGGAACAUCCGUAUGAUUUGGCACUCAUCGAAUUAGUAAAGCCUUUGCAAUCACGUGGGAUCGCGAAAAUUCAUCUUUGGAAAAAGCUGUCAUUGGAGAAAGUGGGAGACGUCGAGGUGCUUGGCUGGGGCAAGAUGACGCCUAGAGGCGAAAAUGCCCAAUUUUUGCGCGGUUACACCACAAAACUCUACGAGCCCUGCAAGAAGCCCGAAUUCGUAUUUUGUAUUGCAAAUCCCUCUGGCUCGGGGCAUUGCGAGGCAAGGGGCGAUGAUGGCGGUCCGAUUAUCUCAAAGAUGGAGCUCUUCCCUGGCCAAUACGAAUGGGUACAACUUGGCGUGAUCCCGGAUGAUGGCCGCGCUUGCAACUUCCAAUCGUCCGUUGCUUGGAGUUCCUCCGGCCUGAUCGGCCCCUACUGCGACUGGAUCGCUCAGACGACCGGAUCGAAUUUUUGCCAUGAUCAC